AUGGCAGCAACCGCUUUCCUUCCUCGCCUCGCCUCUCCUUUCUCCCUCGCCGUCUCGCGCUGGGCGACAUUCUACACCACACCAUAUACCCUAAAAUUCCUUCCCUCACUAUCAAUCGCAAUCCCCGGCGUCACAAUCAACAUUCCCGGCCUGCUGGGCGACAUUUGGGAAUCGGUCCUGCGGGCAGUGCCCAAGAACAAGGUCUCUCACUCAAAAAAGAGAUCGAGGCAGAUGGCUGGAAAGGCUCUGAAAGAUGUCAACCAUCUGUGCAAGUGUCCCGGCUGCGGAGAGAUCAAGAGGACGCACAGGUUAUGCCAGCACUGUCUUGAAGAAAUGAAGAGAAUAUGGCGCCAGGAUUAUCCUUCAAGCAGUCCAUUCUAA